GUGGUAUGUGUUGUUACGGAGAGUGGCUAUGAGAAAGGAGCGCAAGGCAGUCAGAAUAGACGAGUUUGAAAGGCCCGAAGGCCUGGCCCAGACUGCCUGGGUGGAGAAGUGCCUGGAGGAGGUGCGGUCACCUGGAGUUUCCGCACAGAGAGUUCAUCAUCCUCAUCAUCGGGUGAGGAAAGCACCACCCCAGGACUUGUCCUCUCCCGCCCUUCUUCCAACUCAUUAAAAAAAAAAAGCCACCAAAGUCUUCAGCGCGUUGCUGCGAGCGCUGCUUUGCGAAAGUGGCUCUGGGUGAUGGGCGAGCGUCCGGGCUCCUGCCAGCCUGCGUCCCAGCCCGGGGUGGCGCGCCCGCCCUGGGUCUCGGAGUGGAGAGAAUCCAGCGAGAUUAUGGCAGAGUAUAGCCACAUCCAGAAGCAGCUGGAAUUACAAAAUGGGAGCUUAGACGAAGGAGUCCUGCGUUCCCUGGGCACAGAGCCCCAGCGCAUGAUGGAGAACCCAAGCCCCAGGAAAUACUCCUCCAGUCUGAAAUUUAAAGCCAACGGAGACUAUUCAGGCUCCUAUUUAACCCUCUCCCAACCUGUGUCUACUAAGAGAAGCCCUUCUCCUUUGGGCACCAGCGUCCGAAGCAACCCCUCGUUGGCCAAAAUCCAAGGAGGCAAACAGUUGUCCUGUGAUGGAGCUGAGAAAAAUAUUUCCAUGAAACCCCCCACGCCUUUCCUGAGCACCGCAGCCUCCCUGGGAGGAUGUCCACUUGGGGGAACGGAUUUUGACCAUUAUACAGGCCGGGACAGCGAAAGGACCUUGAGGCUCUCGGAGAAACCUCCCUAUUCCAAGUACAGCUCGAGGAAUAAAUCCCAUGACAAUGUCUACUUCCUCGGAGGACUGGAAGGACGGAAGACAUCUGGCUCUCUCCUGACCAUGUGGAAUGGGGGUCCCCUGAGCGACGCGGGCUCCUCUCCCAUCAGCAGGUCAGGCGCUGCGAGCAUGCCUUCGAGCCCCAAGCAGGCUAGGAAGAUGAGCUCUCCGGAUCACCUGAUGCUGCAGUCCAGGUCCCCCAGGCCCAGGGACGCGUCCGAAGGGGUGACCGCGAGGACGAGGAAGUAUUCGGCCAGCAGCCUGAGCCACAUGGGAGCCUACAGCAGGUCGCUGCCCAGGCUGCACAGAGCCACCGACAGCCAGAUGCCACCUCUCAGCUUGCCACCCCGGAGCUCCCUGGGCAGUGGCCAGCGGGGCCGCCCGGGGGAGAAGUGUCUGCCUCCGAGCACAGCCGACCUCGAGGGCUACCUGAGCUGCUCCGCGCUCGGCUCCGCGGCGCCCUGCUGCAGGGCCUGCCCGGUGAGCCCGGCGCUCAGCGUCCCCGCCAGUCCCCGAGUGGCUCGGAAGAUGCUGCUGGCCUCCGCCUCGUCGGAUGACGGCGACAGGGCCUCGUGCUCGGGCCCCAGCCCCGGCCACGCGUGCGGCGCUGCUGCGGAAGCCGGCAGGGCGGCGGUGGCCCGGAGGAACUUCUCCUGCGCCUCCGUGGGGUCCGAUGACCUGGACUUGGACAGCCUGCGACAGGCCGCGGGGACCCCCCAGCCUGGCCUGCGAGAACGCAGAAGCAGCAUCAGCUCCAUCUCCGGGCACGACGAUCUGAUGGACUAUCACCGGCGGCAGAGGGAGGAGAGACUGAAGGAGCAGGAGAUGGAGCGACUGGAGCGGCAGCGGCUGGACACCAUCCUCAGCCUGUGUGCCGAGUACACGAAGCUCGACGGUCGCCGCCUGUCCGCCGGCACCACCGUGGCCGACGUCCAGAGGAUCAACCAGGAGCUCGAGAAGCUGCAGCUCUCCGACGAGGAAUCCGUGUUUGAGGAAGCCCUGGGGUGCCCGGAUGCCAGGUACAGGUGCCACCGGAAGGGCUCUGUCCAAGAUGCCGACCUGGCAGGCUUUGGAGGCCUCCGUCAGACCAACAGCAGCUUCCUGGGCCCCAGGAGCAGCAGCAGGAAUGAUGAACUGAUGGGCGACCUCACCAGGACCCCCCAAUCUCCCCCCACCACCUUCCCGAAAGCAUCCAGCGAGUCCUCCUACCUAAGCAUCCUACCCAAGACCCCAGAGGUUAUGAGUGAUGAACAGAGGAAUCAAGAGUUAGCUGCCAUGGAAGACGCCCGGAUAGUGAUUCUGAACAACCUGGAGGAGCUUGAACAGAAAAUUAAAGACAUAAAUGACCAAAUGGACGAAUCUGCCAGAGAGCUGGAUAUGGAAUGUGCCCUUCUGGAUGGAGAGGAGAAAUCUGAGACAACCGAACUCAUGAAGGAGAAGAAGAUCCUGGAUCAUCUAAACCGGAAGAUCGCAGAACUGGAAAAGAACAUUGUUGGUGAGAAGACCAAGGAGAAGGUAAAGCUUGAUGCUGAGAGGGAAAAACUAGAGAGGCUCCAGGAGCUUUAUUCCGAGCAGAAGACCCAGCUGGACAAUUGUCCUGAGUCCAUGAGGGAACAGUUACAACAGCAACUCAAGAGGGAUGCUGACCGGUUGGAUGUUGAAAGCAAACACUUUGAAGACCUGGAAUUCCAGCAACUUGAACACGAGAGCCGUCUCGAUGAGGAAAAGGAGAAUUUGACCCAACAGCUCCUGCGUGAAGUGGCCCAAUACCAAGGGAACAUUGUCACUAGAAAGGAAAAAAUUUCUGCAUUGAAAAAACAAGCCAGUCACAUUGUUCAGCAGGCACAGCGAGAACAAGAUCAUUUUGUGAAAGAAAAGAAUAAUUUAAUAAUGAUGCUACAAAGAGAAAAGGAGAGUCUGUGUAAUUUGGAAAAGAAGUACUCCAGCCUCACUGGAGGGAUGGGGUUCCCUGUUAACCCCAGUACUCUAAAGGAGGGCUAUAUCAGUGUCAAUGAAAUUAACGAGCCACGUGGCAAUUCCACAAGUCUGUCCCCUUCCACCCAGUCCCCUGCUGACGCUGUUGUCACUGAGUGCGCCUCCGCUGUUUCGGGGAGCCAACCCCAGAGUUCAGAGCACUUUAGAAGUCUGGAAGAAAGGAAAAAGCACCAUAAAGAAGGCCUGUAUCUGAGUGACACUUUGCCUCGAAAGAAAACCACACCUUCCAUCUCCCCACAGUUCAGCAGUGCCACAAUGGGGAGAAGUGGCACCCCAAAGGCUCAUCUGCCUCUGGGACAGAGCAACAGCUGUGGCAGCGUGCUCCCUCACUCGCUGGCCACCAUGACCAGGGACACAGAGUCUCGGAGGAUGCUCAGAGGUUAUAAUCAUCAACAGAUGAGCGAAGGCCAAAGGCAGAGAUCUGAAUUCUACAACCGCACAGCAUCCGAAUCGAACGUCUACUUGAAUAGUUUCCACUACCCAGAUCACAGCUACAAGGACCAGGCCUUCGACACUUUGAGCCUGGACAGCUCUGACAGCUUGGAGACCAGCAUCUCUGCCUGCUCGCCCGACAACAUCUCUAGUGCCAGCACUUCAAAUAUUGCCAGAAUAGAAGAAAUGGAGAGACUAUUAAAACAGGCUCACGCAGAAAAGACCCGGCUGCUUGAAUCCAGGGAACGGGAAAUGGAAGCCAAAAAGCGAGCCCUGGAAGAAGAAAAACGACGCCGAAAAAUCCUGGAAGAACGUUUGCAAGAAGAAACCAGCCAGAGGCAGAAGUUAAUAGAAAAGGAGGUGAAAAUCAGAGAGAAACAAAGAGCACAGGCUCGACCUCUGACACGCUAUUUGCCCAUCCGGAGAGAAGACUUUGAUUUGCGCAGCCACGUGGAGACUGCGGGUCACAAUAUUGACACCUGUUUGCACGUAUCCAUCACAGAGAAGACCUGCCGAGGAUACCUCAUCAAAAUGGGUGGCAAAAUUAAGACUUGGAAAAAACGUUGGUUUGUUUUUGAUCGGAAUAAGCGCACAUUUUCUUAUUAUGCAGACAAGCAUGAAGCUAAGUUUAAAGGAGUAAUAUACUUUCAAGCAAUUGAAGAAGUAUAUUAUGAUCACCUCAAGAAUGCUAAUAAGAGUCCUAAUCCGUCACUCACCUUUAGCGUCAAGACACAUGACAGAAUCUAUUACAUGGUGGCUCCGACAGCAGAGGCCAUGCGGAUCUGGAUGGAUGUAAUUGUGACGGGGGCAGAAGGGUACACUCACUUCUUGUUGUAGUGAACGGAAGCAAUGGUCCACUUAGGGCCAGCUGCAAUAAUCUCUUACAAGAAUGAAGCCAUACUCAGUCCCACAUAGCAAGGCCCUGCAGACCCAUGCCUCUCGCUGUCUGCACUCAGAACUCUUCGUACCAAGAAGUCUUUUAUAGCCGGGCGUGGCGGUGCACACCUUUAAUCCCAGCACUCAGGAGGCGGAGGUAGGAGGAUCUCUGGAGUCCGAGGCCAGACUGAGACUACAGAGUGAAUUCCAGCUCAGCAUGAGCUACAGUGAAACCCUACCUCAAAAAACCCAAACCAAAACAACAAGCAACAACAAAAAAAGUCUUUUAUAAAAAAGAAAGCAAGGGUUUCAAUUCAAAGCCUGACCAUAAAUAGCCAGGGAACUGACUCUUCUGUGACAAUGAAACACUAUUUUGAUAAACAGCGUCAGGUAUAUGAACAUUUCUUAACUACUUUUUGUCAGUUGGUUAAAUAAACAGUUUACACAAUGUCUGUAGAUAUGUACUCAGAAAUACGGAAUUAUUAUAGCACCCAAUGGAUAAUGUUAGUAUUCAACUCACUUGCUUAGGAAGUAGCAUUUUAUAAAUAUAAACAAUGACUUGGGUGGAUAUAUUUUAGUUUUACCUUAAUUUUUAUGUGUUGCACCAAAACCAAAGACUUGGCAUUACUUCUGUUUAGCAUCAGUGUUGCUCUAUAUUUUCAAAUGGUAUAUGAUGCUAUCAAAUACCCAGGAAAUUGAUUAUGUUGUGUCACCACCAGCCUAAGCUACUAUACAUAGUGAACCACCUUUUGUAAAAAUAAACAAUAAAACUAAAAAAAAAAAAAUACCCAAAAGCUGUGUGCUUUAGGAAAA